AUGGCCGAAGCCCGUGUUGAGUUGCCGGACGGACACCUUGUGAAUCUGUCCCCUCGUCCAACACGGCAGAGUCCAUACAAAGCCUAUCGAGCCGACUACAAGGCCUCUCCUACAGAACUCUCGGCAACCUCCCCACCUCGCUAUGCGCAGGAUGCAAGAUCAAAUGGAUAUGCCAACUCGAGAAGUGCAUCAGACAACACGUAUCAAAAGUCCAAAGCUACCAAGCUUCCGGUUCCCAGGUCAAUUGCCGAGAGCCAAAGCAAUGAGCUAAGACAAACCCCUAGUCCCACUGGUCUUCCAAAACCAAUCACGCCUAGCCAUUCAGGACAACGCGGCCAAACUCGAUCAUCGGAUAGAGACCACGAUCAAUAUUUGAGAAAGUUGCGUGACAAAUUUGAAAAAGAGUCUCCCUUGUCACAAAGAAGCACUAGGGGCAAGGAGAGCGAUACUGAGCAAUCCCCAAACUCACGCAUAUCGUAUCACCGGACCAGGCCUACAGCUGCCACUCGCACAAUCCCAACAAGUUCUCGAGAGGGUACUACCCGUUCAGGAAUUCCGAGUCCCAGCACUGCUACUAAGAGCAGCCCUGCGCAGGGAGUGAAAAGCACAACUUCCGCCUCGCACCCGGUGGAUAGCAAGAACAAAUGGCGAAAACAGGGCGACCAAUGGAUCAACAUGGAUGUCCCCGAUAAUGACACACCCCAGAUAUCGGCAAGAACAGACACAACGGCGGAUUCCAGCCCUCGAUCCCAUCCUUCAAUCUCGCCAGUAUCGGCCGAGGACAGCUCCAUCACAGACUGGGAAGAUCGAUUUGUCGUCAAUAUGCCAACUGCGAAAGACCCAAACCCGCCAACCAUGACCGCGCAGCAAAUAUCAGAGUACCAGAAAAGCAUCGAGAGAGUACACCAAACUGGUGGUAGGAUGGUUGACCCUAACUCACUCCCUAGUCGCACCACCUCCCCUGAAAGCAAAUUGAGUCUCAGAAGCCAUCGAGAACAUAUCCCGACGGAGUUCAGAGCCUACGAUGGAACGUACGAGGAGACUCAUAUGCCCAGUUCGUCGCGAGAUGAACCACGUCAGCUGUCGCCUCCACAGCAACCGCAGUACCAGCAGCAGCCUGAUCCGCAGCCCCAAGCCCAGCCUACGGCUGCGGCUCAACACCGCCAAGCUACUGUUCACUACUACAGCCCUGACGAAAUCGGUCACAAUCGGAUUAGUACAAUCUGGGAAGAGUCGCCAACGAAAGUCAAGCAGAAACGACACCCUCAAAACGCGGACGGCUCUUUUUUAGGGUGCAGGGAAAUAUCGGGGGAAAAGAAUCCGGACGAGAUCCUCAUGUUCGCUUCUCCCGACGAUGCCAGUCUACAUCCCCGUCCAUUGGCUUUGGCUUCAAAGAACAAGCACAGACAAUGGAAGGAAGUGAAGAAAGGCAUAGCUCGCCAAACUAUGCACAGAGUAGAGGAGACAAUUGUUCUUCAAGAGGAGCGGCCAGAAAUUUCACAGAAUUCGAAGCCUGCCCAAUGCUCCAAGUCAUCGACAAUUUUCCACGAUCAGAAUUACCCCCCAAAGCAACAACCGAUCCCGAGGACAGGAUCACAGAACUCGGGCAAGGAGAACUUUCACCCCCCAGCAGUACAUCCGAACGAUCGGCGAGCAUAG